GGGGCUGGGGUGGUGGCAGAGGAGUCAGCGAAAGGAAAAGAGUCCAUUGGUGAAACCCCACCCCUGCGUGAGUGAGUAGCACUGAGGUAAUGCAGCCCUGCCCUGGCUCCACUCACUGAUAUAAGGCAGCCACCGACACAGGUGCACUCAGGAGUGAGCGGAUCCUCUGGAGCCUACACAGACAGCAACAGGUGCCUGCAGGUGCUGCCAGCUAAGGAGUCCCGCUCCCUUUCUGCCAUUGCCUGGAAAGUAUCUAGGGCGUGGCAAGAUGUCGAUGGGGCUGGAGAUCAGUGGGGUGGCCCUGUCGGUGCUGGGCUGGGUGGGCACCAUCGUGUGCUGUGCACUGCCCAUGUGGAAGGUGACGGCCUUCAUCGGGGACAACAUUGUGACAGCCCAGCUCAUCUGGGAGGGACUGUGGAUGAACUGUGUGGUGCAGAGCACGGGCCAGAUGCAGUUCAAGGUCUACGACUCCAUGCUGGCGCUGCCCCAGGACCUGCAGGCGGCUCGCGCCCUGGUGGUGAUCGCCAUCAUGCUGGCCGUGCUGGGCCUCAUGGUUGCCCUCAUUGGAGCACAGUACACGAGGUGCGUAGAAGAUGAGACAACCAAGGCCAAGAUCACCAUCGUGUCUGGGGUGAUCUUCUUGCUGGCUGGGAUCAUGACCCUCAUCCCCGUGUGCUGGUCGGCCAACACCAUCAUCCGCGACUUCUACAAUCCUGUGGUGAUAGAGUCACAGAAGCGGGACCUGGGAGCCUCCCUGUACGUGGGCUGGGCAGCUGCAGUUCUGCAGCUGUUUGGGGGGGCUCUGCUCUGCUGCUCCUGCCCCCCCAAGGAUGAGAAGUACGCUCCAGCCAAGGUGGCUUACUCUGCUCCCAGAUCCACCGGGCCCAGCUACGACAAGUGGAACUACGUGUGAGGGAGGCAGCCCAGCACCCGUCCUGCCUACCCUGAUCCAUUCAUCAGACUGCUCCUGACUGUCACUGCCUCCCCCGCUGCUCUCUGUAGCCCUUAGGACCCCAGGGGAACACAGCCACCCCUUGCUGCCCCAAGGACGAUGGUUGGCUGGCUGCUCACCAGACUUUGACUGUUAUUCCAAUGGCUGGGUGGAGGAGGAACUGCUCCAUCUCCCUCAGGGCUGCUGGCGAGGGGAAGCAAGACCCUGGCUAAGACUCUCAUUUCUGUUUGUAGAUACUUUGUCUUUGAUCUAUAGCACCCCAGC